UCGGCUCGAGCGUGCAUCAAUCCGGUCAGACGCAAAACCCAAAUUUUCUAUCGGGCGCGUUCCCUCUCUUGCUCUCUCCCGCUUUUAAAUUUCAAGCAAACGAGCUCACGAAUCAAAGAUUUUCGUUAAAAACUAUAUCGAGACAGGAGCGAGCUUGGCGAGAAGAUUAUUUCAGACUGUCGUCACUCCGGAGAAGCGUCGGUAGCGAUUCGAAACCGGUCACAAGGCCCUCCUUCGUUGACAUGACAAUUGUCGAUUGCUCGUCACGCGCACCACCCGGACGGGGCAUCGGCGAAGAAACCUUUCGAUUAAGUCUGACGGGACGAAGGUCCGAGUGAGUGCGAGUGUACAAGUGAGUGAUUGGCGAGAAUGAAAUGGAUGACGAGGCCGUUCGUACGACACGAUUAAUCCCGGCGCCCGAGCCCGUGAUCGACUAACGAGUGUGCCCCAAUCCGGCCUUCUCAAAGGGUAUUAUGCAAACCAGCAAGUCCUGCUGGAUCCAUCCGGAAGUUGGAUUCUCUUACCGCCGGCGGUUCAUCGCGAGCAGGUUGCCUUAUCGCAGAUCUUGAUCCGCCAUAUGGCUCGGUCAAAGAGGCUCAUGGACCGUCAACGGAGCUCGCCAGUUCCAAGUUCAUCGAUCCCCGACAGCAGCACACGUGCAGUUUUUUAUCAGCGAGUCGUCGCACGGUGGCAUUGACGGAAGCGACGAAUUGUCAUCGUCCGGCCUGCAGGCGCGAGAAAAACUCUCUCAAAAGGAUCGAUUGCAUCGAGGCCCCAACGAACACACUCCGCUCACACUCCGUAUUCGUAAGAUUGAAUAAACAGUCAGCCGGAGGGUGCUAAUCGCCUGGAAUUUGAAUGUCGCGUCCACCGAUCGAAUCGGCGCGAAGGAAGCGACGAGUAUCAUAAUUGUCAUAAUUGUGCGGUGUGCUUGGUGACAGUGCAAGUGCUAGUGCUGUGUGUGCUGGUGCGCCAGGGUGGUGAACGCGUGUAAGAACCGUAACUGCUGCAAAAGUGGGUGCACUGGGGCCCUCGGGACCGUUCGGCCGAUACGGGCCCGUGCCGGAAGGUGGUCCCUUGGCCGGGGGCGAGAGAGUAGGCCUGGGGGCGGCUGCAGCCGCCACUGGGGAGGUGGAGGGUUACGGGAUCGCCGGGCCCGGGGGUGGGCCCCCUGGAAUCGGCGCCUCCGGGAACCCCCGGAUAAGGGAACCUACCAUCGGGGCUUCAUGCUGUGCCCCUUUACCCGUUUCCCAGACUCAUCACAUAGGAAGGUGCGGUCUGGCGAUGCUUAUGUCAUGCGCUGGUUGCAAGAAGCCGAUAUUGGACAAAUUUUGUUUUAAAGUACUGGAACGAAUUUGGCACGGAGAUUGUGUAAGAUGCUGCGACUGUGGAAUGGAAUUGCAGGAGAAAUGUUACUCCCGGGAGUCGAAGAUGUUCUGCAGAAACGACUUUUUCAGGCGAUACGGUACGAAAUGCAGCGGUUGCAUGCAAGGCAUAAGUCCACAGGAUCUCGUGAGGAAAGCGAAGGAUAAAGUGUUCCAUUUGAAUUGUUUCACCUGUCUGACGUGCCGAAAACAGCUGACAACGGGCGAGGAGCUUUACGUCCUCGAUGACAACAAGUUCAUCUGCAAGCAGGACUUUCUGUCAGGGAAGUCGUUGCAGGCGGAAAAUCAUCACUCGCACAGCCACCAUGGGGCUGACUCCCUGAUGGGUUCGGGCUCGGAGGACGAAGACGACGAAGGCAGCGGCCAUCACCACCACCAUCAUCAUCAUCAUCACGGCGGUGUAGGUGGAUCCCAUUUGGGCCCUCACGGCUUAGUGCCAGGAGGUCCCGUUGACCAGGUCGUUGGCCACGGUGGUGAUUUACCACUUGGAAGUGAUUCCUGCAAGCAGGAGGACUCCGAGGAUCAAGGUUCCCUCGACGGAGAUCCGGAAACGAGAGACAGUCAAACGGAGAACAAGAGCCCGGACGGCGGUGCCGGAGGCGGAAGCGGGGACGGUGGAGCAGGCUCCAAGAGACGAGGUCCCAGAACAACCAUCAAGGCUAAACAAUUGGAGAUCUUGAAAACCGCUUUUUCAGCGACCCCGAAACCCACUAGACACAUCAGAGAACAACUCGCCAAAGAGACCGGCUUGCCGAUGAGAGUUAUACAGGUCUGGUUUCAAAACAAAAGAAGCAAAGAGCGCCGGUUGAAACAGCUAACGUCAAUGGGUCGAAGCCCGUUUUUCAAUGGCUCGCGUAAAAUGAGAGGUUUCCCUCUGAAUCUGAAUCACGGACCGCUCGGCGGUGAGGAUAUUCCACCCGGCGGAUUUCCCUAUUUUCCCACUGACAAGUUCGAAUUUGGUUACGCUGCACCGGUCGCCUUCCAUCAUGAAUUUUUCGGUGCUCAUCCACCGCCUCAUCCGCAUGGACCACCGUUUCCUGGUCCUGGAAAUCCCGGCGUUCAAAAUUUGUUCGUAACAGGAUUAGAUCCGGCGAGCAUAGCAGGUAUGGCCGCCGCGGCGGCCGCAGUCGCUGGAGAGUAUCCACCACCGGGCGCCGCUGGCGGACCCCCGGAGUUUCUCACAGGUCCACCGGGCCAGGGAUCUCAGCCACCGACGGGCGGUAGUCCCGGCGAGUUUCUAGCACCUUCCGGUGGCGGUCAGGGUAAUCCAGGAGGAGGUGGUAACGGCGGCGGUGGUCCAGGAGGUGGAAGCGGGGGUGGUAGUAACGGCGGUGGUUUCCCGGAGCCUCACCAGAUACAGAGCGAGGGUCUCGUCUGGUAGAACGGGUUUACGUUUAAUUAAUCUCUCGGCUCUCGUGUUCUCUCUCUAUCUCGCACACACUCUCAUCGCAAUCUAUCCGGACUCGAAUAAUGCGAAUAAAUCGAGGAAAGUGUGCUCGUGAGUAUGCGUAAACGUGAGUUCCUGCGUAUGUGCGCAAGAGAGAGGAAGACAAGUGAAGCCUGGAACGGAGGGGGGCUACGGAAGGAGAUGAAAUCGAGCUAGCCGAUCGUGGAAUCUUGGCCGAGUCUAAAAAUCCUUCGCUCUGUUUACGAACGAGAGAAAAUUAUUUCGUUCCUGUUACCUUUUUUAUUCCUUUCAUCUUCAACAUCACCGUCGCUCUGUUCGUGUAAAAUAUUGUGUCACAAGUACGAGUUACUUUAUCAAUCGGUUAUUCGAAUUUAUGAUGGCUGCAGACAGCGUACAAUCUCGAUCCAUUGUUCAUUGUAUUAUUAUUACUAUUAUUAUCAUGAAUAUUGAUAACGUUAGGUCAUUACUUUACUAUUAUUAUUAUUAUUAUUAUUAUUAUUUUUAAUAUUAUUAUUUUUAUUAUUGAAAAAAUAUAUAGUUUAUUGUCACAUUGAUUAUGAUCGGUGAAAAUGAUAUCGCGUUUGUUCGGUUAUCUCGAAUUAUUCCGGCGGCUUUUCGUGCGAUUUCGCUUCGUUGUGUAUUCUUCGUGUUAUAUUCGUUCACAGUCCCACGCCCCCAUGUUUUAUACGCCCUUCGCGACGUUGAUAAAAUCGCCAAUCGUGAAAUAGCCGCGUUUGAUUGUUUUUUUUUUCGUCUUUUUUUUUUGCUUUCGUUUCUUUUUUUUUCUUUUUUUUCAUUUUUAUUUAUACUCUUUUUUAUCAACGUUUUUAUAUUGUCCAGCAGUGUAUUUCAAUUUUCCGGUACUUUUCGGGAUUGUCUUUCAGUUUAUGGGGUUGAAAAAGUGGAGGGCCGAAGUUCGUUAACGGGAACGAAAAUCCGCAGCGUUGAAUCGUUCGGCGGUGAAUUGAUUGGCGAACGUUUUUAUUUUUCAGCGUCUCUUUGUAGCGCGAAUAGCUGAAUGGUUUUUAUAUUCGUUUUGUGGCAUUGAAAAUGCGCAAGUUAUGACGGCAUAAAAAAAACUCUCAUCUCGACUUCGGACCCGUUUUUUUAAUCCAACGAAAACUCCAAAAAACUUAGUGUCCAAAUUCGAUGAAAGAAAAAAGAAAAGUGAAUGUAGAAAAGGAAUCGUCUUAAUUGCGAAUAAAAAUGGUCCCGAGAGCUGCGAGGAAAUUAAACGUUCGAUGAUAUUGUUACUGCUAUUAACGAACGAAAAAAUAGGGACAGGAAUCAUGCGGAAUGAAAAAACGUAUAAAUAUAGGAUUCUCAUGUCGGAGAAGUGAUAACGGAAAUGAAAGAGAAAGAGUCAAGUGUACGGCGCAAUUAUCCAUGUAAAUAAGAAGUAAAAGUGAACAGAAAAAAAGGAAACAUUAUAACGCCAAAAAUACACUUGCACACGCGUAUUAAUAGUAUAUAUUAUGUAUGUAUAUAUAUAUAUGUAUAUGUGUUUGAUGGUGAAAAAGAUGAGGACUCUUGACAGCAAUGUGCUGCUGUGGCAAUAGAAAAAAAGAAACGACGAGUCGUA